AUGAAGCGUAAUCCCUUCAUUCAUUCGAGAAACUUCCAGCACUCGCCCAAAAGGCGCCGAAUUGACCCCGCGUCUGCUAGCUCUCACCAGGCCAGUAGACCGGGGUUCAUCGACCAGAGGUUGAUCGAGGGCUCACAGUGGCCGGGAUAUCCCACCUUGGUUCAGCAAGGACCCUCAUCAAUCCAGACAGGUAUCUCGUCAGGGCUUGAGGAGGACGUCCAUUUGGAUGCUUUCGUGGCUCACAUCUCUCCAGAUCUUGAACUGCUCGCACAGCAGAAGAACCGUAGCAUAUUCCAAUCGUCGAAUCCUGAAUCUUCCCAUCCUUCACCCGAAGAGGAGAUAUUUGCUAGUCCGAACUACCAAGAUGUGCUGCCGCAGAAGUCCCGGUUCUUUGACUCCUUCACUCACACAACACCUCUUCGUGGACUGGAAUCUAGCCAGACAGGUUCAACUUCUGCUCCACACUCGAGUCCUUUGAGGAUGAUGCAUCAAAGGAAGGAACAAUCGUGGCGGAGUCAAGGACAAUUGGAACCCAGAACCGACGCACAACGGGAUGGACCAGUCCAACACUCGCCACAGCAGCCGCUUACCUCUCACCCCAGUAUUCUUACACCCGCAAGUGGCCAUCGAAACCAAGGCAACCCACCAUUUGGCCAACUCCCCAUAUCAGUACGAGGCAUUGUCCUAGUCUCGGUGAACGAACUACCCGAGAAAUAUCGCUCCAUGUAUCCCUUCCCAUUAUUCAACGCAAUCCAAUCCAAAUGCUUCCACCCCGUCUACAACACAAACGACAACAUAGUCCUCGCCGCACCGACAGGAAGCGGAAAGACCGUCGCCAUGGAGCUCGCUAUCUGCAGACUCCUAAACGUCCUGAAAGACGAGCGCUUCAAAGUGGUCUACCAAGCACCAACAAAGUCUCUCUGCUCCGAGCGGUUCCGAGACUGGAGUACCAAAUUUGCAGCGCUGGAUUUGAAAUGCGCCGAGUUGACCGGUGACACGGAUCAUACGCAGCUGCGUGGUAUCCAGAGUAGUCAGAUUAUUAUCACGACGCCUGAGAAGUGGGACAGCAUGACGCGCAAGUGGAAGGAUCAUAUGAGGCUGAUGCAACUUGUCAAGUUGUUUCUGAUUGAUGAGGUUCAUAUUCUCAAGGAGACUCGUGGUGCUACGCUAGAAGCGCUUGUAUCGCGGAUGAAGAAUAUCGGAUCGAAUGUGCGCUUUGUGGCGCUGAGUGCGACUGUGCCGAAUUCAGAGGAUAUUGCUACGUGGCUUGGUAGGGAUGCGACUAAUCAACAUGUUCCUGCGCAUCGUGAGCAUUUUGGGGAGGACUUUCGGCCGGUCAAGUUGCAGAAGUUUGUGUAUGGGUAUCAAUCGCCGGGGAAUGACUUUGCUUUUGACAAAGUCUGCGGCACCAAGCUGCCCGAAGUCAUCGGCAAGCAUUCUUGUCACAAGCCUAUCAUGGUGUUCUGCUGUACCAGGAACUCAUCCGUCUCAACGGCUAAAGAGCUCGCAAAGCUCUGGACCGUGACCAAUCCGCCGGCUCGACUUUGGAAGGCCCCAGGAAAGCGCAUUGAAGCUAGUAAUGAUGAUCUAAAAGCAACGAUCACUGCCGGAGUCGCAUUCCACCAUGCCGGCCUCAGUGCCGCUGACCGACACAUGGUGGAAAAAAGCUUCCUGGAAGGGCAAAUUAGCGUCAUUUGUUGCACGUCGACCCUCGCUGUUGGCGUCAACCUACCAUGUCAGCUAGUGAUCAUCAAAAACACCGUUAGCUGGCAAGAUGGCGGAUGCAAGGAAUAUUCCGACCUGGAGAUGAUGCAAAUGCUCGGCCGAGCAGGACGGCCUCAAUUCGACGACAGCGCAACGGCAGUCAUACUUACUCGAAAGGAGCGAGUUGCCCACUAUGAGAGACUAGUUUCCGGAUCCGAGAGUCUAGAGAGCUGCCUGCAUUUAAAUCUCAUUGAGCACUUGAAUGCGGAGAUUGGUCUGGGGAACGUGACAGAUGUUCAAUCAGCGACCAAGUGGCUUGCGGGUACGUUUCUGUUUGUGCGGCAGCGUCGGAAUCCUACCUACUACAAGCUCAAGGAGGGGGCUAGCCAAGAAGAUGAGGAUGAGUUGCUUCGACAAAUUUGCGAAAAGGACAUCAAGCUCCUCCAGGAGUGUGGUCUUGUCGAGAAGGAAAAGCUUUGCUCAACUCCGUUUGGAGAUGCCAUGGCCCGGUAUUAUGUUCGCUUCGAAACUAUGAAAAAACUGCUGUCUCUUAAGGCUCAGGCAGAUCUACCGCAGAUUUUCGAUGUCAUCGUCCAAGCCGAAGAGUUCCACGAGAUCCGUCUCAAAGCCGGCGAAAAGACACUCUACCGUGAGAUCAACAAGGAUCCAGGGAUUCGCUAUCCGAUCAAAGUUGAUCUAGCUCUGCCAUCCCACAAGAUCUCUCUUCUUCUCCAAUCCGAGCUCGGCGCACUCGACUUCCCAGCCAGCGAUCAACUCCAGAAGCACACGUUCACGUUCCAACAAGACAAAACCCUCGUGUUCGCUCACGUAAACCGACUCAUUCGCUGCGUGAUCGACUGUCUGAUUGCCCGAGAAGAUUCAGUCGCCGCUCGAAAUGCACUUGAAUUGGCGCGUAGCUUCGGCGCCAAAGUCUGGGACCAUUCUCCGCUUCAAAUGAAGCAGAUUGAGCAGAUUGGUGUAGUGGCUGUUCGAAAACUGGCCGCUGCUGGGAUCACGGAUAUCGAGGAGCUUGAAGCUACAGAAGCACCGCGGAUUGACAUGGUUUUGAGCAAGAACCCGCCAUUUGGAGUGAAAUUGUUGGCGAGAUUGAAGGAUUUUCCGAAGUUGAGGGUGACUAUGAAAGUCGUUUCUACGGAGUCGAAGAAGGGAAUUGUCAAAGUUCGGUUUAAGAUUGACGUUGCUUUCAUGAAUGACAAGAUUCCCGGCUUCUUUCAGCGAAAGUCAGUCUAUGUUUGCUGCUUGACGGAAACAUCAGAUGGUCGAUUAGUUGAUUUUCGCCGCGUGGGUGCUAGCAAGCUUCAAGACGGCGUUGAUGCUACGCUGAUUGCAGACAUGAAUGCUACCGAUCAAUUCAUUAUCUGCCAUGUGAUGUGCGAUGAUAUCGCUGGAACUGCCAGGCGAGCUGAGAUCAAGCCUGAUCUGCCAUCGCAUCUAUUCUCGAAGCCCCCAUCUCGAGGAGCCCAGUCAGGAGCCGCAGAGCGUCCCACUUUGACUGAAACUCGUGGCAGUAUCUGGGAUAUACCCAAAAGCCCGCCUAGGCCUUAUGCAGCCCCAGAUACAUUCGAUGGUGACGACCUGCAAGCAGAGGAUUUCCUGAUUGUCGCGGAGAGCUCAAGCAAAACCAAGCAGCCAGACGAGUCUUUGAAAAUUCCAAUUGAUGACAAUGACUGGUUCUUGAUUCACGAUAGUUCCUCUUCCCAGGGAGCACCAGAAAAGUCGCAGAAACACGGCAACGAUUGGGCAGCAGCAAUGGACCAGCAAGAUUACGAUGACGAUGAGCCUGAGCCCAUCCGGCUCUCGAAUGGAAACUGGGCUUGUAGUCACAAGUGCCGAGACAAGACGAGUUGCAAGCAUUUCUGUUGUCGGGAGGGCCUGGAGAAGCCACGCAAGCCACGCAAACCCAGAAAGCGAGCGGCUUCGAACCACAAAGCAGGGAAACUCAAUCAAUUGACUCUCUCGGCUGCAAUCACGAAACGGGACAAGACGGCAGAUGUCGGGAAAGCAAAGAAGCCAGCGAAAGAGACUGCCAAGUUGACUGCUGCGAGAAAAGGGAAAGACUCCCUACAGUCAAAACCCCCGGAAUUGCCUCUUGCGAGACGAGUCUCCAGUCAAGGCACGACCAAUCGAUCUGCCAUGACCACCAAAGGGGAGAAGCCAAUGGAGCAGCCAGAGACGGUCUACAGUGACUUUGAUGACGAUAGCUUUGACGACUUGCCGCCUCUUUCCUACAUUCUACAAGGAUCGGGAUCAGGUAUACGUCCGGCAGAUUCUAAGCCUCGUCAAGAAAGCGACAACGUCUUUGAUGGUCCAACUCCCGGAGUCGAGCAAAAACAAGGAGAGAAUAAACCAGACAAGCCCCAGCUCCUCCAAACUCCCGAACCUCGAGACAUCAUCGAAAUCUCAGAUGACUCCACCCCCGAACCGGGACAAGACAUCUUCACUCAUCCCGAAGACAUCGGAAGCUCCAUCACCACUGCGCCUCCUCCAACUGCAAGUGGCAACCCGACCAACCAUUUAACCCGCAAUUCGAGGAGUUUCUGCCGAGCGUACGAAGCAAGAAUUCUUGAACGAGCCGAAAGAUUGCCGUCUCCAAAAUGUUUACUCCCCGCACUCAAUAUGAGACACACCCUCACCCAACUGGAGCCAUUGUCCGCUGUUGAUCUGACGUCAAAAGACCACGCGCAUCGAACACUGACCAACAGUUCAUCUGGCUGGGACGAUGUUGAUCGACUCUUGCUGGAGGAGUUCAAGGGCGUUAUUAAUCAUUAUUAG